CUGUCUCUGUCUGUGUCUCUGUGUCUCUCUGUCUGUGUCUCUGUGUCUCUACACAAAAGCCGAAGGGCGAAAAACCAUGAAAUUCCGACAAAUGUUGUUGCUGCUGAUUCCGACGAUGCAGCUGUACUUCUGUGAAUCCUCCGCCAAAUGCAACAGUCUCACGCAAUAUUACAAGGUUGCCCGCUGCUGUACUAAAUGCCCGCCUGGUAGCUACAUGGAGAAAGAGUGCACCCGGAAAGUUGAGACAGAUUGCAGAGGGUGUGAGCCACACCAUUACCAGUCUGACUGGAACAUGCUCGAUCAUUGCCGACGACACACCAACUGUGACCCAAACGGAGGCUUUGAGACGGACUCAGAGGGCGACACGACGCACAACACAGUCUGUAGAUGUGCAGUAGGAAAGCACUGCGCUAAUAAGGACUGUGAAGUUUGUAUGGAUGACACCCCCAAUGAAGAACUGGUGGCACCAGAUGAUCAUUGGCCGAAGGACACCGAAUGUAAGCCGUGCCAGCCUGGCUUUUACUCCGACGUCUCCUGUGCAGUGGCACCGUGCAAACCAUGGACAGACUGUGGGCCAAAGGGACAGCUGAAGCCGGGUAACACAACAAGCGAUGUGAUAUGCAACCCCGACACUGUCCUAUCAGCUGGCAUCACUGCCGCUAUUGUGGUCGGAGUCUUGCUCGUAGUUCUUGUGGCUCUCAUCGGGGGAGGCUUCUACAUGACAGAUUCCCUCAAGAAAUGGCCGGGAAGUCUCCUGGGAAAGACUAAGCAAGUGGCCCAACCCCACGCUAAAGAAAAUAACAACGACGUCCGUGUUGUUUUGCUUGAUUCUAAUGGCUGUGCUCGAGACCCGAAUGUGGAGGAAACCUCGAUCCCAGUUCCGGAGACCCAGAUGCCAGGGCAGGUCAGGUGCAUCUUGGUCACUGCCUCUCAAGAGGAUGGCAAAGAGAGCCAUCUCCCAGAGCAGGAGCAGGCCAGUUACCCCAGGAGCUAGAGCAACAACAACAAAUGACAUUUAUAUAGCGCCCUUCAUGUCGGGAGGACGUCUCAAGAACAAAAAGGGAGGGUGGCUCUUUGGAGCACAGCUAAAAGGUGGUAAGCUCAACCUGGGCAAUGUGGUGGAGGGACAAGAAGGUUGAUCCGUUUAAUUAUUCUUGCCCGGCCCUCUGUGGGGGUAAUGAGCAUUUCUCUUCUAUCGAUUUGUGUCUUGUGAAAUCGACGUUCCCAAGGGCAAAGGCCACAUCCAAAACCAGAUCCACGUUCUCAGCUACAAGGAUGGGUUGAAGUUGUCAUUGGUUGACCUAAAUCUGUUGAAUUGACUGGAUUUCUAUUUAAAGGUGCUGAAGAUUCGUGAUGUCAAACUUUUAUUCAAAGUUGGGUUUGGGUAAAGUUGACUUUUCAUAACACAGGGCAAAUGGUUCCACUAAACACUGGUAAGAAUCACAACAAUGCUGUUUGGGCCACCCUACAAUCCAUUCGGACCAUGGCUCAGAGGACUGAGGACAUUGUCAGUGUUUUCAAGUCUCAUGGACAAGCCAGUCAACUAUCACCAUUGCCUCGAUUCACCACACAUCAGCCUAACCUCUAUUCUCUCAGCCUGAAUCAUUUGAAGAGCUGAGUGGAUCCAUUGCUGUUCAAACCGGGAUCCACCCAUCCUAAAUCUGCGGAUGAAAUGACUUGAGAUGUGUCACAGGGAUACACUGCAAUUCUGACAACAUUGGAAAAAAAUCACAUUUGUUAAAAAAAAAUCAUGCUGCACAGACCAGUAAGCUCUCAGGUUAGAUCUGUACUGAGACAUCUGAGGAGAAAUGUUUUCACUACAGAGCCUUUCAACACUCUUUCGUUAAGCGAAAAUAGAAUUGACGCACCUGGACUGGUGCACAGAGGAAUUUACCUCCAAAACUUACCGCAAGAACCAGAGAGGUUUUCAAUCCUGCCCUGCCAUGCUCUGAACGAGGGUUGGUUGUAAGAUUGUGGUAUUGAGACCACAAUAAACACCAUUCACGGUCAGUUGGUAGAAGGGAGCCAAGGGGCGUUCUUUCAAAUGUUAAUUUCAGAAUAUUAAUUGAAGUCUUCAAUUGAAUUUGAUCGAGAAGCCUCUGAAUAUUAAGUGUUAUAGUUACUGUGUGUAAUGCUGAACUCUGGCUACAAGGAUGGGUUUCAAUUCCUGACAUCUGCUGUGUGUCGGGGAUUCAUUUCUUCACCCAGAGGGAAAUUAACAACCAGAGCAGGUUACCGGCAAGGGAGGUUGAGAUCAGUCACUGGACUCGGAUCAAGGUUGAAAGGAGGCAUCUCAGAGGUAUACACCAUUUUCAAUGGAAUUGAGAAAGGACACCCAGAACAAUACUUCUGGACGGGCCAACUAUUUCAGGACACAUGUUCAGAUGUCAAGACACACACCAGAAAAUAUUUAUUUACCAAGAUGGUGAUUAAUAUCUGGAACAGGUUAGUUCAGGAAGACUGGUUGAGGCCAGGAUAUUGGGACUCAUUUCCAAGCAGCUUGAUUCUGCGAUGGCGGGGAACGAUAGAGUGGGUAUUCUGAAAGGAUGAUAUCAGAUGGGUCUUUAUUCAUCUGAACCAAUUUUGUGAUCUUGCACUUCUCCAUUGCUCCAUUUGCACUAUUGCCAAAGGCUAAAACAUUUAAGAUUGUACGGAAUGUUGCAAAAUUCGGUCUUUAUUUGGAAACCUCGGUUUACCGCUCACCUUUUUAUAAGAAAACCUCCUUCCAAACUAAGACGGAAUUAAGAAUUUUCCAAAAUUUCGCACAAUUCUUAAAUUUUAAGAGAACACUCUUAAGGCUAAGAUCUCGUAGAAUUUCUCAGCUUUGGGUUUCGCCCAUUCCCUCAUCAACUGGUGCGAUUUCACAGAGUGUAGCUCAUUGUAAAGAAAUUGUAGAAUUAGAGCAAUCUACAGGCUCCUCCUCCUCACUCGAUGGUGAAGUGCUGUUCGUCUAGUCUCUAGUAAGGAGACUGUUUUUACUUGUGGAGUAAUGUAGUACCUUAGCCAGUGUCACUGUUAUGAAUAGUCUGGUGCUGAUUCUGUCUCAGGGAUGUUGCGAUAUACAAUCUAAAUGUAAAACGGGGCCUCUGUUUGUUAUCCUGUCACUCGGGAGUACAUACUGAAAAUUUUAGCUGUAAGUAAAUAUGAAUUGGAAUAGACAUUUGGAUGGACACCA